AUCAACCAACAAUGGUGCCAUCACCACCACCCAAGAAUCCUAAUUACUUCUCAACUUACUACCUCUGCUUCCUUGUUCUUGUGUCCACCACCACCCUCUCCGCCGCAGUUUCCACCAACUCCUACUACUCCGUUUGCUCCUCCGUGGCACCAGCUUCCAACCGCUUCACCGACUCCGACGAUGCCCUUUUACUCGCCCGCUCCUUCCAGAUAUAUGCCAGCUACUUCUCUGGCGACGCGGAUAACCUAUUCUCUGCCGAUGAUCAACUCCAUAGCACCUACCGCUCGUUUUCCCUCGUCCCCGGUCGCGUGAUCCGCACCAGUGAUCCGACUCUCAUCCACCUCACUGCCACCCUCACCCUCACCGGACCACGCAGCAACAAGUACUUGACCCUUGGAAGACGCCUCAAUCACACCUUCGCCGAGUCCAUAUCUUUCGUCCUCGAUGGCUACUACUCCUCCGCCUCACUCCAACUCUGCAUGGUCGGGACGGGCACCGAACCCGCUGCCAAUGGCUCUCUAAAGCAGUACACGAACGUCACCCUCCGCCUCCACGUGCCUAGUCCCUCCAUCCUCACCGAUCCCUUCAUGACCGGCACUCUAGAUGGCUCCUCCGACUUCGGGGCCAUCAACUUGCUCGCGUACGAUGAAGGUGAGGACUACAAGUACGGAGAACGCGCCACCUGCAGUUCACUGGUGCAGCCGAGCAUGGGCUCGCUCCGGACGCUUGGGAGCGACUCCGUGUGCGGUCAACUCAUGUUGACCUCAUACAUGCUGCUUGAUCAUCACGACGGCGCCCCGGCCAAGCUUCGUCGGAUGCACAUCAACCGGAUAGUGUGCACCGCGGAAGGCGCCGUGCGCGCGUACAUGUUGUUCUCCAACGACACCAGGUCCGGGAGGCGUGGAUACAGUUCGUACUACAACCUCAUGGUCAACGAGGAGGCGGUUGUAGCCGAUGGGCACUGGGACUCAGAUUGGAAGAUGCUCUGCCUUAGAGCAUGUCGGGUGGUGCGCUCUGUGCCCUCAACUGUGGCGGUGCGCGAGUGCAAAACCGGGAUGAGUUUCUGGUUUCCGGCCAUGUGGACGGUCCUUGAGCGGAGCGUCGUGGCCGGCGUGCUUUGGAACUCAGAUCAGAAGAGGAUGAUCGACGGCGAUGCUGGACCAAUCUCCGGCGUGAUAUCGGCGUUUAGCUUCGACUUCGACGACAACAGAAUGAACCUCUCCGAUGUGAAGUACACCUACAACGACACGAUGUUGGAGGUGGCGAAGAAACACUAUCUCAAGAUGAACAAGGAGAAGAUCAAGGGAUUGCUCCCGGUCCCGGAAUAUUACACCGACUUCUGCCUUCGGUUUUACAUGGCAAACGCGGGGAGCGGAGACGCCUACCCACGCACGAUUGGUUCGGUGGUGCUAAACGACGAAGGGGAGGCCGCCGAUGGUUCCACCCGGCCUACGGUGGUUGAUGUUCUGCUGAGCAUCAGCUACGAUAUACACCAUUAUGCUCCUCCCCACGAGAAACGGGUGAAUGUGUUGACCUCAUAUACCCUUGAGGAAGGACAAAUCUCAGCAGAGGGUGUGUAUGAUCCCAAGAGGGGCAUCAUGUCCAUGGUGGGCUGCCAGGAGCACAAGGGCUCGAUGGACUGCCAGAUACUAAUAACCGUGCAGUUCGCCUCCCUGGGUGACAGGGCUCAGGGGCUCGGCAACAGGGGAGCAAUCAACAGCCUCAGGGACAGUGCGGACCGCCUUUUCUUCGAGAAGAUGGAUAUCACUAUGUACGGGGCGUACCCCAUGUGGUUGUCUGAGGCGAUAUCGAGGAUGGACUUGGAGAGCAUCAUGUUGGUGGCCUCCACGACGCUGUCGUGCGUCUUCACCGUCCUGCAGAUCCUUCACAUCAAGCGGAACCCGGAGACGGUUCCGGCGAUGUCGGUCACCAUGCUCGUCAUCCUCUCCUUGGGGCACCUCGCCCCUCUCGUGCUCAGCUUCGAGGUGCUGUUCCUGAGCAGGAGGAGCCAGUAUUUUCUGUACUCAACUACGGAAGGGUGGAUGGAGCUGAACCAGGCGAUGGUGCGGGUGCCUGCGCUGAUCGCCUUGCUGCUGCAGCUGCGCCUUCUUCAGCUGGCGUUGUUCGGCCGCCUGAGGUCGGCCAGACACCAGAGCGAACCCACCAGUACACCGUCAACGGCCAUGUCGGAGAGGGUCGUGCUACAGGUAUGCCUGCCGUUGUACCUGCUCGGGGGAAUCCUGACCACGAUCGUCCACGCGAUCAAUGCCCCGGCUGCUGCUGCUGCAAGCGAGGGCUCGCUGGCUGCAAGCGUCGGUGGACUGCUAGACACGCCGUGGGGCGACCUCGUGGCGUACGCGGGGCUGAUACUGGAUGGCUUCCUGCUUCCUCAGGUCAUCCUGAACGUGUCAGGGUCUGGAGUUCGAGCGAUUUCGCCGUGGUUUUACAUGGGGGGCACCGUGAUCCGUGUGGCGCCUCACGUGUAUGACGCUGUCAGGGGGCGGAUCUACGGAGAGCUAGGCGCGAGGCUUAGCAGGGUAUACGCGAACCCUCGUGGGGACCUGUUCGGCGUCGCGUGGGACAUCGUCGUGCCGUGCGGAGCAGUGUUGCUGGCCACGCUCCUGUUCUUGCAGCAGCGGCCUGGAGAUGCCUCGUUGCUGCCUUCGGAGAGGAGGACAUCAGGUGGUUAUGAGAUGGUCUCUCGCAAGUAACUAAUGUGUUGUCGAUCCAGUGGUAAGAUGCAAUAACAAUAUCAUCUGCUCCACACUGUUUAUAUCCUGCAUAAAUGACAUGAGUUUUUCUUUAU